AUGGACGAGUCGGUGCUGGAGCGUUACUUGGAUGACUCUUUUGCAAAUGACUCUGGCUUCCUGGACGGGGAAGAUGCCGGCAUCCCGAGCACGGCCGACCCGCUCCCGCCCUCCCCGAAGGCGAGCGGUGAACUGAGCGACGACCUGGACCUCAGCUUCCUACCUGACGAGCUGAGUGCCAGCACACAGGAUACCGAAGGAGGCGGUGGGAGCGUCGCUCUGGCAUCCCAUCACGAAAGUGAAGAUGAAGAUCAACCUUUUUCGUCAUCCUCACGGUUGGCUAACGACAGUGCCAUCUUCUGCCCCAUGACCCCCAUGACGCCCAUGACCCCCAUGACGGAGAGGUCAGGGAUCGUCCCGCAGCUGCAGAACAUCGUCUCCACAGUGAACCUGGGUUGUCCGCUGGACCUCAAGUUCAUCGCCCUUCAAGCCCGAAACGCAGAGUACAACCCCAAGCGCUUCGCCGCAGUCAUCAUGAGGAUCCGAGAGCCCAGAACCACGGCGCUGAUCUUCAGUUCCGGGAAGAUGGUCUGCACCGGAGCAAAGAGUGAGGAGCAGUCCCGACUAGCGGCCAGGAAGUACGCCCGCGUGGUGCAGAAGUUGGGCUUCCCCGCUCGCUUCCUGGAGUUCAAGAUCCAGAAUAUGGUGGCCAGCUGCGACGUCUGCUUUCCCAUCCGUCUGGAGGGCCUGGUCUUGACCCACCAGCAGUUCAGCAGUUACGAGCCCGAGUUGUUUCCGGGCUUAAUCUACCGGAUGGUGAAACCUCGGAUCGUUCUGCUCAUCUUCGUGUCGGGCAAAGUCGUCCUGACGGGCGCCAAAGAGCGCAGCGAGAUCUACGAAGCCUUCGAGAACAUCUACCCCAUCUUAAGAGGCUUCCGCAAGCAAUGAUGUCACUUCCUGCUCAUUUGUAAAUAUUUGCGGUUUUAUGUUGUUGAUGGCAAUUAGUUUUAGUCAUGUACCAUCAGAACACAAAA